CGUGAUGGGUGGAGAGACUCCCAACAAAACGAAGGGAGAAAAAGACUCGCUGGUCACCUUGCAACUUUACUCACAAGCAGAAGAAGAAUGAAGACGGCAAAAGUGUCAGUGAGCGCUAUGCUGUGUGUGGCCCACUGAGGGAAUCCAGAUGUUUUGUCUCCACACUCUCUGCAGGCUCUCUAGAACAUCUCCUUGUUGAAUGAUAGAAUGGAGAGUGUCCUAGUGUUGUUGUUGGACUUAUUGUGGUUGGUGGCAAUGUCUGCACAAGGGAUGGCGGCGGCUCCAUAUCAGGACAAGGCGAUUGACCUGCUGUCAGCUCUGAACAUAUCCCACCCAAAAAGCGGGCUGUCCAGACUGCACAGUCCCACGGGUACCAUAUACAGAAUCCGACCCAGAGCGCCUCACCUGACGCUCCCCGCUCAAUAUUCCCGAAUCCUGCGCUCGGAAUUCCAAGGAAGCAUGGGCUUCCAUUUGGUGGGCCAGCAGCUUCAGCGCACCAACAUCACCCUUUUAUCUCUCUCCACAUCGUCCGUUCUUCUCCAGCUUACCUCCUCCACCCUGGAUGAUGUUCUGCGUGUGGACUACCGGGCAGGAGGGGGUAUCCGGAGCUUUCUUUUCCCAGAGACAAAUCCCUUCUCUUCAGGAGAAUGGGUGCAGUUGGCCGUCAGCCUGGAGCCAGACAGGCUCGUAUAUUUUGUGGACUGUCAAGAAGUCCAAGUUGUCCUCGUAAAAGCGGAGGAAAAGUUGGAGCUGGAACUACCGCAAGAUGUUGUUAUCACCCUGGGAAGCACACCGGGGAGAAAAGAUAGCAAAUUUAGUGGUCAGUUCAAAAAAGCUGAGAUCUCACUAAAGGCCUAUGAGACACGUCCUUGGCACUGUGACAACGUGACAGACGCUCUGCCUGCAUCCACUUCCAUUGACAGCGCAGAUUCUCAUGUUAGUGGACCAGUGCUACAACGGGAGACUCCUUCCACCAGCGGUCAAGCUAAAAGGAAGCACAGAGCGUCACUCCAGAGUGCUCAUUAUCCACCACACAGCAUCCAAAGUCAGCAGCUGCAAAGGGGAGCGGUCCUGGGCCCACCAGGACUCCCCCAAGGGGGGAAGUCCAUUUCCCAGGUCCACCGGGACGAAGGUCUGAGCAGGCUGGAGAGUAGACUGGAGGACCUGGCUCGUAAGAUGGACCUACUUCAAGCUCAGAACGAGGCGCUACAGUCACGAGUGCGCCACCUGGAGGGAUGCGAGUGUGUGCGGCGAUCGUGUGUGUGGGAAGGCAGAGAGGUAGAGGACGGCCGACGCUGGCAGACCGACGUCAGCACUGUGUGCACGUGCACGUCCGGAACGGUCACGUGUCAAGCCAACAUCAGAGACUGCGAGACACCGGACACAAGAGUUCAUAACGUGUCCCAUACUGUGAGCACGUGUGGGGGGGGUGAGGAGGAUUGUUCGGGCGUGGCGUGCCCGUCGCUGGACUGCACCCAAAGGGAGAGCGUACCUGGAGAGUGCUGCCAGCGAUGUACAGGCUGCGUCCACUCAGGCGUGCGUUACGACCACAAAGCAAAAUGGCAGCCGGAUGAGAGUCCGUGUGAUGUCUGCCACUGUUGGGAGGGCAGCGUUCGCUGCGAGAGGGAGCCUUGCCCCCCUUUGCCCUGUACCAACCCGGCGCCUCCUCCGCACCACUCCUGCUGUCCAGUGUGUCACGAUUGUGGUGUGAAUGGUCAGCAGUUCCCAAACGGAGCUGUGAUCCCAACAGGAGACCGCUGUGAAAAAUGCUCAUGCGUGGAUGGAAAUGUGGCAUGUUUACCUCGUCCAUGUCCCGCCCUCUUUUGUUCAAAUCCCGUGCACCGCGCCGGCGAUUGUUGCCCACGGUGCGAUGAGUGCAAGUACGAAUCUCAAGUCUACCUGGAUGGACAGAAGUUUCCGUCCACGGGCGACCCUUGCAUCGAGUGCCGCUGCUCUGCAGGUGAAGUGUCCUGUGAGCGCACGGAGGCGUCGUGUCCGCCGUCACGCUGCAGCCACCCGGCCAAACGCAAGGGAGAGUGUUGUCCAACUUGCAAUGAGUGCGAGUUUGAGGGGAAGGUGUAUGCAGACGGAAAAGUGUUUGUCCCGCCCGGAAGUGGCCCCUGCCUGCAGUGCAGGUGUAAGAGCGGCAACGUCGUUUGCCACGAAGAAAAAUGCCCUCCCUUGCGAUGCUCCAACCCCGUACGAGAUCCGCAUCGCUGCUGCCCCGUCUGCAAAGAUCUCCACGCAGAAUGCGUGUUGGACGGCUCCGAAUACGAAGACAACUCCAAGCGGCACCCCGAGGAUCCGUGCUCCAGCUGCGCAUGUCUGGAUGGAGACCCUCAGUGCACCCAGAUGAACUGCCCCCCCAUCACCUGCCAGCAUCCCACCAAGACCGCCGGCUCCUGCUGCGCGCUGUGCGACAGCUGCACGUAUCAUCACCGUAUCUACGGCAACGGACAGACGUUUGGGACGCCCGAGCGGCCGUGCCACGUCUGCACCUGCCGGCACGGCACUGUGGAGUGUGAGAAAAGACCUUGCCCAGCCCUCAACUGCAGCAACCCGUACACAGCGCCUGGAGAGUGCUGCCCGAAAUGUCCAGACUGCUUGUUUGACAAGCACGUGUUUGUGGACGGCCAGGCCUUUCCCAACCCGACCGGCACGUGUGAAGAGUGCAGAUGUUCGAGCGGCACCGUCGACUGCCAGCGGGCUCAGUGCCCUCGGCCGCGCUGCAACGCGCCGCUCGUGGGCGCGUGCUGCAGGAACGACUGCAACGGAUGCAGCUACGCCGGCAAAGAGUAUCCCAACGGUCAACAGUUUGCACAUCCCACUGACGCAUGCAGGACCUGCAACUGCAUUAAUGGAAAUGUCCAAUGUCUUAUGAAGAGGUGUCCACACCUGUCAUGCCCCAAUCCGCAAGUGUUGCCUGGAGAAUGCUGCCCCCAGUGUCCUGCUCCGCCUCUGGACUGCGAGUUGGAUGUCCAAACGUACCGACACAGCGAGCGCUUCUACUCGCCGUCGGACCGUUGCCAGUUGUGCUCGUGCGACAACAGCACCGUGCACUGUCAGAGGAAGCCGUGCCCCUUCGCCUCAUGUUCCCAUCCUGUCACCCGGGACUGCUGCCGCACCUGUCAAGGCUGCCUGUACGAAGGUCGAGAGCGCGCCAACGGGGAGAUGUGGGACGACGCUUCGGACCCGUGCGCUGCGUGCGUUUGCCACGAGGGGUCCGUAAGGUGCGAGAAGAAACAUUGCCCCCCCAGCAACUGUAAGCAUCCUGUGCAGCGACAGUGCUGCAAGUCCUGUGAGGGCUGCCUGUAUAACGGGAGGGAACACGUGGACGGCACGGAGUUCACCGACGACAAGGACCCCUGCUCUGUGUGCUACUGCUACGCAGGCGAGGUGGUCUGCACCAAGGUGCCUUGCUACGGAGACUGCCGCCAUCCGUACAAAGCGCCCGGACAAUGUUGUGGAGAGUGCCAACGCUGCUUUUACAACGGAGCAGUGCUGGACAACGGACAGUCCAUUCCUGACCCGGGGAACCCUUGCUCGGAGUGCACCUGCCAGACUGGCACUGUGCACUGUGUGAAAAAAUCGUGUGCAGUGACGCUGUGUCCUCACCCGGUCCCAAACGGGUGCGGAUGUCCCGUGUGUGACGGAUGCCGUUUCCAAGGUGUGGAUUACCUGGACGGUCAGAUCGUGGCAGGAGAAGAGAGCAGCUGUCAGGAGUGCAGAUGCUCAAGAGGCGAGGUGGCUUGCGUACAGAAAAGAUGUCCCGUCGUGUCCUGUUCUCAUCCGGCGCUGGACGGAUGCGCGUGCGGCGUGUGCGACGGGUGCAACUUUGAGGGGCGGAACUGUUUGGACGGAGAACGAUUCACGCAUCCAACCGAUCGUUGUCAGCUCUGCUCAUGUCAGAACGGCGACGUGCUGUGCACACGCGUGUCGUGCCCGAGCGCCGCCUGCUCGCAUCCGAUGACCCCCCCUGGCGAGUGUUGCCCCGUCUGCACGGGGACGUGUCGCCAUCACGGCAGGGAAUACCAGUCCGGUUCGACCUUCCUGUCGCCCUCUGACCCCUGCUCUUCCUGCUCUUGUCUGGAAGAGGUGGUGAGCUGUCAGAGGAGACCUUGUCCCGUGCAGUGUUCCCACCCCGUCCCUUCAGACGCCUGCUGUCCCGUGUGCGACUCCUGCCUGUACGAGGGCGUGGUCCGCGCCCACGGCCUGGCCUUCGCGCCCUCCUCCGAUCUUUGCCAGCGUUGCACCUGCGUCAGAGGCACGGUCACCUGCGUGCCCCCCGUGUGCCCGCCGGCCCUCUGCGGCCGAGCCGUCACCAAACCGGGACGGUGCUGCCCCGAGUGCACGGGAUGUAUGCUGGAUGGACAAGAGUACAGCGACGGGCAGAUAUGGACCUCGACCUCAGACCGCUGCUCCACAUGUACCUGUCAGGCUGGCGAUGUGCAGUGUUCAGCUCCGCAGUGUCCCCGGCUGACCUGCAUGCAUCAGCUGACUGAGCCGGGGGCUUGCUGUCCUCGCUGCAGAGGUUGCAUGUACGACGGAGGCGAGUACGCGGAAGGAAGCAGCUGGUUCGCCGACUCGUCCCACUGCCGCAGCUGCAUGUGCGUGGACGGCGUGACGACGUGCUCGGAAGUUCGCUGCCUGUCCCCUUGCAGCAACUUCAUCAAGAUGCCCGGAGAAUGCUGCCCCGUGUGCGCCGACUGCGUGUUUGAGGGGACGGUGUACGGCCCAGGAGACAGCUUCCAUCCGGCUGGAGACCCCUGCCAGAUUUGCACCUGUGAGGUGAUGCCAGACGGAGAGCAGCACUUGCGUUGUUAUCGUAAACAGUGUCCCAGCCUGGUGGACUGUCCCAAGAACAACAUCUUGUUCUCUGGACCCGACGCUUGCUGUCCUGUCUGCGCACAGCCUCUGAGUAACUGCACGACUACGCUGAACGGCAAUGAGGUGCUGGCUAAAGACGACCCCUGUUUCACAUGCCAGUGCAGGGAUCUAACAUGGACGUGCCUCCAUCAAGGCUGCCCACCGCUGACUUGCCCUCCCAGCGAGCAGUUGACCCCUCCCGACUCGUGCUGCCCACUCUGUAAAGAAUGUGUGAUCGAGGGUCAGAACCAACGCGUGGCGAGCGGCAGCAGCUGGACGGAUAGCGCCGACGACUGUGUCACCUGCACCUGUAACUUGGGCUUUAUCGAGUGUAGCAUUGAAGACUGUCCAUCCACGCCUUGUCCUAAUGGUCAGAAAAAAGUGAAGGUAGCAGGCAAAUGCUGCCAUGAAUGUCAAGAUUGGGGCGUGUCAUGUGUGCACCUGGGCACCGUGUACCAGUCCAACGAGCAGUGGCAGGUGGACGAGUGCACUGGCUGCACUUGCGUGUCUGGAGAUGUGCACUGUCACAGUGAACGCUGCCCUCCCCUAAGCUGCAAUACGGACGAGAUGCCAUCGGUGGUCCCGGGCUUGUGCUGCCCUCACUGCAUCCCUCGGCCGGCCACGUGCAUCGCGUUCGGCGACCCUCACUACCGUACCUUCGACGGACGCAUGCUGCACUUUCAGGGAGCGUGCACCUACGUCCUGGCGCAGGACUGUCAGGGCGGAGACUUCAGUAUCCACGUCACGAACGACGACCGCGGUCGUCAAGGAGUGUCGUGGACUAAAGAGGUGACCGUCUUCGUCGGUGAUGUCACAGUGCAGCUGCUGCAGGAUUGGCUAGUAAAGGUCGACGACGAGACGGUGAAAUUACCGUUCCUCAGAGAACCGUACAUCUACGUGGAACGAAAGGCCAACACCAUCCUGCUCAACAGCAACAUCGGCGUCAAGGUGCAGUGGAACGGCCGUUCCCACCUGGAGGUGAGCGUUCCGGGCUCCUACAAGGGAAUCACCUGCGGUUUGUGUGGAAACUUCAACAACUACCAUCAGGAUGACCUGCGCAUGCCCGGCGGACAGAUAAGCUUGUCGGAAGCAGACUUUGGCAACAGCUGGAGGGUAACAAACGGAAGCCACUCUCUGGCAUCGUGCCGCCCGGGCGAGGACGUGGACCCCUGCAAAGAGGCGGGCUACCACGCCCGUAAGAACGCCAACGCCCGCUGCAAGGUCCUCAAAUCGGAGGUCUUUAGGCCGUGCCAUCGCGUGGUGCCCCCCGAGGCCUGGUACGCCGCUUGCGUCUACGACCUGUGUGCCUGCGGAGCCAACACCGACGAGUGUCUGUGCGACGCUCUGGAGGCCUACGCCGGACAGUGUCGCGAGGCCGGCGUGGUCCUUCAUUGGAGGGGACCCUCGCUGUGCGCGGUGAGGUGUCCGGUGGAGAGGGGCUUCGUGUUUGACGAGUGCGGCCCGCCGUGCGCCGUCACCUGCUUGAAUGUGGGUGCGCCAUUGGGGGUGCUAGAGAGCCACUGCUUCAAGCCUUGCGUGCCGGGCUGCCAGUGCCCCGCUGGUCUGGUGCUGCACAACAACUACUGCAUCCAUUCCAGCAAGUGCCCCAAGAUCAUCCACGGCAACCAGUCGUGACACCUCAUUCGCCACUCAAGACUGCAUUCGUCAAUCCAUUCUCUGAUUGGCCGCCAGCCAAUCACAGAGCUCUUACAAACAACCAUUCACGGCUACUGAUCAUUUUGAGUCCUCACGGUUUUAAAAUGCAGGCAGAAACUUCACUGCCAGCGCCAAGAUUCAAACGUGGAACCUCAAAAUUGUGAGGCAGACACGUUGACCACCAAUUCCACUGUGCUGCCCAAGUGACUGAAGAUGCAGUGCUAUUUAUAAACCACAAGGUGUAGUAGUUUCACUUGAACGUUCACUUCUACUUUUUAUUAAACACGUUUCUAAAAUAUGUUUAUGUACUGUGUUCCAAAUGGACAUACAUGUUCUGCAAGCACUGUGCAAUCUCACAUUCUCUCAGGUUUUCUUUUUUUGGAGGGGGGUGAAUAAAGCUCUUACUAAUGUCCAA